UCAUAUUAAACAUGGAUAAGACUUCAUUCAGGAAACAAAUGAAAGUAAACUUUCUCUAGAGGAAGUGAUGAUUUUGACCAGAUGAGCUGGUAACCUUAGGAACCAACCACCAGUCUAACGCAGUCACAUUAAGUCUGUUCCUGGAGCAAAUGCACACAUGGAUGAGCUUGAUUUGUUGCUGGAAGAAUUGGCCCUGAAAUCAGCAACUGCAAAGAACCUUGAUGAGAACAAAAGCAAUGAAGCAUCUUAUGGAGAGUUGCCGCCUCCAGUUUAUGCUGGAUAUGACAAGCAAAGCAAAGGUUCUGGCUGCUCAAAUACCUACAGUGAUCUGCCAGCUCCUGUGGCAGCUUCCAUGAAUCCAGCCUCAGUCACCAAUGAGCUUGACAUCAUCAUGCAGGACCUGCUGGGUCAACAGGAUGUAGGACCAUCACCCACCCCACUGCCUCUUACACAAAAGGAGUCUGUGAAAAGGAAAAAAGAAGGUGGUCAGCAGCAGAAAACAGAGAGCAGCAGCACAGCGGGGUCAUGUGUGAAGGCCUCAAAGAAAACAGACGCUAUAGAUGACAUGCUGGGAGGGCUGAGCUCUGACCUGGAGAAAAUUGGAGUCCGCACUGUCGCCAAGGGCCACUGUGCUUCCUGCAACAAAUGCAUAGUGGGAAAGAUGAUCACUGCGCUGGGCGAAGUGUGGCACUCUGAGCACUUUGUGUGUGCUGUGUGUAAGACGGAGCUGGCCACCGCAAGAUUCUUUGAGAGAGAAGGACAGCCGUACUGUGACAAAGACUACCAUCAGCUCUUCUCUCCUCGUUGUGCCUACUGCAAAGGUCCCAUCCUGCAGAACAUCCUGACAGCCUUGGACCAGAAUUGGCACCCGGAGCACUUCUUCUGUGCUUGCUGUGGAUGCCUGUUUGGACCUGAAGGUUUCCACGAGAAGGAUGGUAAGCCGUAUUGUAGGAAAGACUUCUAUCACCUCUUUGCUCCAAAGUGCUCCGGCUGUGGCGAGUCGGUGAUGGAGAAGUACCUGACUGCAGCCAAUGGCACCUGGCAUCCAGAGUGCUUUGUCUGUGCGGACUGUUUGAAGCCCUUCACUGACGGCUGUUUCAUGGAGCUGGAUGGUCGACCCCUCUGCUCACUGCACUUUCACUCUCGUCAGGGCACUUUGUGUGCCGGCUGUGGUGAGCCCAUCACCAGCCGCUGCAUCUCUGCUCUCAACCGCAAGUUUCACCCUGAGCAUUUUGUGUGCGCCUUCUGUCUGCGGCAGCUGAGCCAGGGCAUCUUCACGGAGCAGAAAGGAAAGCCGUACUGCUCAGCGUGCUACAACAAACUCUUUGUGUGACACAUGUAGCCCAUAAAAACGAUGUGCUACAUCCCCAACCUGCUGCAGUUUUGCUAAGAAUUUCUGUGUAACAUGUUUAAAAAUGUCCACUGUUUGUCUUGUCAACAUUAGCGUGACUGUAUUUCUUUGGAAAAGAUAACCAAACUUUUUCAGUCGCUCACGGUCAUCUGAAGUUUUGAACAUUGCAAAUUAAAUUAGUGACUUUGGAAGCUGGAUGACUGGCUU